AUGAAGCUGUCUUGGAUAUAUCUAUACGCUGCUGCUGCUGCCGCCGCCUGUAAUAGCGCAGAAGACAGAUCAACAUGGUGCGGCGACUACGAUAUCACCACCGACUACACAACUACAGUCCCGGAAACAAACGUCACGCGUGAAUACUGGUUCUCGAUUGACGAAGUCAUCAUCGCGCCGGAUGGAUUCCCUCGACCUGCUAUUGCUGUGAAUGGGAGCGUCCCCGGACCAACCAUCUACGCAGACUGGGGAGAUAAUGUCAUCGUGCAUGUCACCAACCAUCUCGAGGAAGUCAAAAACGGAACAAGUAUCCACUGGCACGGCGUCUGGCAGAAAGGUUCAAACCAGCAUGAUGGCGUUGUAUCAAUAACGCAAUGUCCGACUGCACCGGGUUCCUCGAUGACAUAUUCAUGGCGCGCAACGCAAUACGGCACAUCGUGGUAUCACUCGCAUAUCGGUCUCCAAGCAUGGGAGGGCGUAUACGGGGGGAUCGUCGUCAACGGACCAGCGACGGCGAACUACGACGAAGAUAAAGGGGUGGUAAUCCUCUCCGACUGGUCUCAUCGGACAGUCGACGAACUGUUUCUGUCUGCGCAGUUAAACGACCCUCCAACGUUGGAUAAUGGGCUGAUUAACGGGACGAAUGUGUACGGGGAUGGCGGGGAGAGAUUCACGAUGGAUGUCAGCGAGGGGAUCUCCUAUCGGCUGAGACUGGUCAAUACGGCCAUUGAUACGCACUGGAAGUUUAUGAUUGACAAUCAUGAGUUGACGGUGAUUGCGAUGGAUUUUGUGCCGAUUGUUCCUUAUACAGCGCAGUUUGUUGAUAUCGCAAUGGGCCAACGAUACGACCUCAUCAUCCACGCCAACCAAUCUACCUCAGAAACAGACUCAUUCUGGAUCCGAGCAAUUCCUCAAGCAGCAUGUUCAGAGAACGACAGCACCGACAAUAUCAAAGGCAUCAUGCACUACGGCCAGAAUGCAACCAUACCCACCACAACCGCCUACGCAUUCAACGAGACCUGCAACGACGAGCCCAUCACCAGCCUCAUCCCAUACCUCCCCAAAAACGUUGCCCCGGCAGACUGGAGCGCCAUGACAGACGUGACCGUCAACCGCAACUCGGACAAUCUGUUUCGAUGGUAUCUCAACAGCACAACGUUGGAAGUGUCAUGGGAGAAUCCAACUCUCCUCCAAAUAUACAACGAUGAGAACAUCACCGCCUCAUCUUCAACAGGGGUGAUUGACCUCCCCAACGCAAACGAAUGGAUCUACCUCCUCAUCAACACCUCCCUCCCCGUCCCUCACCCUAUCCAUCUGCAUGGCCAUGACUUUUCCGUCCUUGCGCAAGGCACGAAUCCAUGGGAUGGAGUCGUGAACACCAACAAUCCGCCUCGUCGAGAUACAGCCAUGUUGGGAGCAAACGGAUACUUGCUUAUCGCGUUUGAAACAGAUAACCCAGGAGCAUGGCUGAUGCAUUGUCAUAUCGGAUGGCAUGUUGCUGAAGGGUUUGCGCUGCAGUUUGUGGAGAGGAAAGAUGAGAUGCAUAACCUCAUUGAUUAUGACUCUUUACGGGAUAAUUGUGCAAGUUGGGAGGCUUAUGAUGUUGUUGAUGAUAUUGUGCAGGAGGAUUCGGGUGUUUGA